AUGGCACAGAGCGGAGUGCUGUGGUGUGCAGCUGCGGAGCUGCAGCAGCAGCUGUACCAAGUCAACUACUCGGCUGCAGUAUGGGAGGGGCGUAGAAAAGGAGUGGUCAACAUGGGAGCGGCGUUCGAAGGAAACAGUAGCAAGGGACAUUCAUCAUGCCCCCUUCUCCUGUACUCCGCGUCUUCCACCCUUGCCUACCUCAAACCUGACCUCAAACCUGACGCCAAACCUGAUUUCAAACCUGACGUCAAACCUGAUCCUGACCUCAAACCUGACCUCAAACCUGACCUCAAACCUGACGUCACACCUGACGUCAAACCUGACGUCAAACCUGACCUCAAACCUGACCUCAAACCUGACCUCAAACCUGGCGUCAAACCUGACGACAAACCUGACCUCAAACCUGACCUCAAACCUGACGUCAAACCUGACGUCAAACCUGACGUCAAACCUGACCUCAAACCUGACCUCAAACCUGACCUCAAACCUGGCGUCAAAGUUGACGUCAAACCUGACCUCAAACCUGACCUCAAACUUGACGUCAAACCUGACAUCAAACCUGACCUCAAACCUGACCUCAAACCUGACCUCAAACCUGAACUCAAAUCUGACCUCAAACCUGGCGUCAAACUUGACGUCAAACCUGACCUCAAACCUGACCUCAAACCUGACCUCAAACCUAACCUCAAACCUGACCUCAAACCUGACCUCAAACCUGACUUCAAACCUGACGUCAAACCUGACGUUAAACCUGACCUCAAACCUGGAGUCAAUGGCGUCAAACCUGACGUCAAACCUGACCUCAAACCUGGCGUCAAACCUGACGUCAAACCUGACGUCAAACCUGACGUCAAACCUGACCUCAAACCUGACCUCAAACCUGUCCUCAAACCUGACCUCAAACCUGACCUCAAACCUGACCUCAAACCUGACCUCAAACCUGACGUCAAACCUGACCUCAAACCUGACCUCAAACCUGUCCUCAAACCUGACGUCAAACCUGACGUCAAACCUGACCUCAAACCUGGCGUCAAUCCUGGCCUCAAACCUGGCGUCAAACCUGACCUCAAACCUGGCCUCAAACCUGACCUCAAACCUGACCUCAAACCUGACCUCAAACCUGAACUCAAACCUGACCUCAAACCUGGCGUCAAACUUGACGUCAAACCUGACAUCAAACCUGACCUCAAACCCGACCUCAAACCUCACGUCAAAUCUGACGUCAAACCUGACGUCAAAACAUGA